UCUCUUCGGGACUUCGUCUCACUCACUCUGUCCUCUCUAGUCCCAGCUCUGUUGGCCCUACUGGAAGCAGACAAACGUAAUUGGCACAUCUACACCGCCACCUCGAACACCGAGUCCGAUCACGAUGAUAUCUGUUCACCGCCAGAUGCACAAUCUCGGACCAGUCCGUCCGCAACCAGUAGCGUUUCAAACACACCACCGGCCCCACGUUGCUCCGUUGAUCUAUCUGUGCCGGGGAUGAAACACGCAUUCACCACACGUAAACAGAUCUCAGAAGCCUCGUCCUCAUUGGAUGAGGACACAUUCUACUCCACUGUCUCCCCAUUGUUGAACGCUCUGGUACAAUUCCUUGGCGGUCAUCGCGUCUCAUUUCGCACCCAACCUAUCUCCGACCAGUGUGGCAUUCUGAGCCAAAUCACCGAAUUGAUCAUGACCACAGUCGAACCGGAGUUGACCGAUUUCGAACAGAUCACCCGCUGCAUGGCUGAUUGUUUGGUACUACGAUCGCUGUGUCACGUGCUCAGUUCCGUGUUUCAUAACCGGUACAAAUUGUCCACGGCCGCUGUGACUGACCCAUCCCAGUUUUCAGCCAAUACGGAUAUCUGUUCACAGUUUACGGAGUUCGCGAAACAGUACGACUCCGCAAUUCGCCUGCUCUCUGAGCACUUGGUUGAUUUGUCUGCCAUGUACUGCAAUAAUCUGAUCGUUGAUGUCCACCUGCCCGAUCAGACCGGAUGUGCCAACAAUUGGUCCGGGCUGGAAUGCAAUCGCAACGUUCGGACGUUAGAUGCGUUCCUACAUCGUCUCUGGCAUUGUCUGGGUCAGUCUUGUCCGGCUGGAUUAUCUCGACAGUUGCUGGCUCAUAUCGGUGCUCAGUGUCUCGGGUCAUUUGUUCAACUGUUUGCCACAGAGGAAUAUGCAGUCGGAACCGAUCCCAUUGUGGCUAGAAACGAUGCGUGGAUCACGCUGCGAACAGCCGAGUUUUGUCUGUUUGCAUCCUCGGAGCACGUGACCGAUGUGGUCGGACUGAAUCAACGAAGUUUGGACAUCAGUUUAAUUCACUCCACGGCCGCUUUGCUCGCACAACUGCUUCUCUGUCGUCACAUGCCGGAUGCAUGUUGGUCCAAGUACGUUAUUCCCAUUUGGAGGCCGAAUUGUUUGUACCCAGCCCGUCCCGGUCUCUGA